AUGCUUCAAUCCGCCAUUUAUCGGAUGUUGCGAAUUUUCUUCAUUACCCUUGACUUCUGGUUCAACACUGAUCAAUCCUCCUUUCCUCCCAGCCAAGCCCAAAGACGUGGUAAGCCCUCGCAAUCCAUUCCACUCGAGAACCUGACUACCCCUCCAUCUAGUGCUCAACAAACCGAAAUGUCCUCUUCUGACUUAAUCGAACUUGACACCUGGGAAGAAAUCUACAAAGAGGAGUGCCUGAGUUUCAAGGCCCGUCUAGAGACCCAAGCUCAGAUCCUGAGACAAGAUCCAGAAAAUCAAGGAGUAAAUCGUAUCCAUGGCGUUCGAAAAGAGCUAAUGUCACUUUCUCACCAGGCAGAGCGAAUCAAAGAGGCCGCUUUUGAGAUGGUGGACCAGACCCCGGACAGUGUAUAUGUCCGUAAUGCAACUCCGGAGUGGCUCUCUUCCCGAUUUGGAGAUCCGCAACUAGAACAGGUAUGUAUUAGUAUGGAAUAUAGUUUGGACCGACUGGCAUUUGAACUUAGAUCCGAUCCGUCGAUGGAUCUGAUGGUUGCCGGACACCUUGAGCAGAUGACUGAUGAUAUUGAAAUGGACUUUCUUUAG